CUCGAAAAGAAAAAACGAAGAAGAGAAGAACAUGCUCUGUGCUGCACCUUAGCGUCACCGCCGACGAGACGACGAGUCGACCCCCCCAACACCCCCGCCGCAGCGCCGCCUCUCUCUCGCGCGGGUCGCCGUUCCCCCGUGCUUCCUCGCAGGGACAUCUCGUUCUCUGCUGUCUCCACCACGUCGGCGCACUCGUUUUGAGGAAGUAUGGCAGAGGGUGGUAUUGUGGUAGCCAUUUGCCAAUAUGGUGGGGAGUUCACUUCUGGCCCCAAUGGUUUGAUCUACAAAGGAGGUGAAGCGCAUGCUGUUGACGUCUCUCGGGAGAUGUCACUGGACAGCUUCAAGGAUGAGGUGUCCAAGGUGUUUCAUGUGGAUGUCACUGAUAUGUCGUUCAAGUACUUUCUUCCGAACAAUAACAAAACGCUCAUCACAAUCUCAUGUGAUAGAGAUUUGCAAAGGAUGGUUGAGUUUACUGCUAGUGCUGCACAAGCAGAUGUUUUUGUGAUAAGUAGAGUGGAGAACAGGAGUAUGGUAACAUACACUGGAGCUUCCACUGUUAAAGCUGGAUCUAGUGCACGCAGUGACAAAAGGAAAAGGCCAGACUCAAAAAACAAGGCAUCCAAAAGUAGCAAGAAGACCCCUGAUGCUAGUGGUGCUGCAGUUCAAGCUAGUACCGUUGAUGUCAAUGAACCAAGACCGGUGCUUACUUUAAAUGAUUACAACGAGGACUUUCCACUUGAAUUUGGCCGAGAGGCUGCAUUUGACACCGCGGCUGGAGCUAUUUCCUCUGCUCCAGACACUCUGAAUCAGGAGAAGCUUGCUCUUGUUGAUAACACACAACGGGAACCAAUUGGAUUUUUCGAUGAUGCAAUCAAUCCAUAUGAUGGUUCUGAGAUCAUAAUAGAUCCUCCACAGGAACUUAAUAAUAAUCCUACUGUGUUUUGGGAUGACAUCAUCAAAGGUGUUGGUCAAGAAUUUGAUAACGUGAAGGAUUUCAGAGCUCAGUUGUGCAAGUAUGCCAUUGGGAAAGGAUUCGUGUACCGAUUCAUUAAGAAUGAAACCACCCGUGUCACUGUAAAGUGUGUUGGGGAUGGCUGCACCUGGCGAUUGCAUGCAUCUGAGUCAUCUCGUAACAAGAAAUUUGUUAUCAAGAAAAUGACUGAUGAGCAUACAUGUGGAGGAGGAGGUGGAGAGGGUCAGCGGCGAGCAACUAGGCAAUGGCUGACUACCAUCAUUAAGGAGAAACUGCAUGCGAACUCAUUGCUCAAACCAAAGGAUCUCGUUAAGGAAAUACAUGAAGAAUAUGGAGUUCUGCUAACCUAUUCACAGGUUUGGCGAGGUAGAGAAGUGGCACAGAAGGAGAUGUUUCAUGUUAUGACGGAGACACUCGGCCAUUUGCCCUGGUAUCGGGAUAAGCUUUUGCAAACCAACCCAGGGAGUAUACUUGAUUUGCCUGGAAACCGCCGUUUUUUUAUUGCAUUCCAUGCUUCUUUGCACGGCUUUACAAAUGGGUGCAGGCCCCUUCUUUUUCUUGACAAGGUUCCGCUCAAGGCAACAAAUGAGUACAAGUUGCUGGUUGCCGCUGCAGUUGAUGCAGAUGACGGUUUCUUUCCAGUGGCAUUUAAUGUGGUUGAAGAUGAAAAUUAUGAAAGCUGGGUUUGGUUCUUGACGAAGCUGAGGAUUGCUCUCCAAUACCAUAAUUACCCAUUGAAUGAUAUGACAUUCUUAUCCAAUGGACAAAAGGGUCUUGAUGCUGCUGUCCCACAUGCGUUUGAAGAUAGCCACCACGCCUUUUGUUUGCAUCACAUCAUGGAGGAAUUCAAAGGAGAACUGAGGAAGGGACCAUGGUCGCAGCAGAUAAGAGAUGUAAUGGUCGAGGAUUUUACUCGUGCGGCCCAAGCAUGCAACACUGAUGAUUUUAAUGCAUCAAUUGAGAGCAUAAGGAAUAUAUCCACUGAAGCUGCCGACUGGAUAAUUGCGAGUAAGCCAGAGCAUUGGUCGGACGCCGUCUUCGGAGGCUGUCGGUAUGACCAUUUCUCCUCGAACAUUGUCGAUGCAUUUAAUAACUGGAUACCCACAAAGAAGGAGGGCUCAGUGGUGUUGAUGAUGGACUCUCUGAGAAUAAAAAUAAUGGAGACAAUAGAGGCAAGGCGUGAAGCCUGCAAGUCAUGGGAAGGGCCUUUGACACCUUCCAUGGACUACAAAGCACAGGAUGAGAUGUCGAAGGCUGGUAAGCUGACCGUGCUGUGCUCUUCUGAGACUGUAUUUGAAGUACGGGGCAGCGGUAUUUCUGUUGUUAAUCUUGCAAAUUGGGAAUGCACCUGUCGGAGGUGGCAACUUUCUGGCCUCCCUUGUAUGCAUGCUUUUGCUGUGUUUAACAGGAUCGGAAUAUCUUUCUAUGACUACUGCUCAAAGUUUUUCAGAAUAGAGAGCUACCAUUCGACAUACUCAGGAACAAUCUUCCCAAUUCCUGACAUGGAUACCUUUGAUUUUAGUGCUGGGGCAACGAUCCCACCUCCCAAGCCACGGACAUCAGAUAAACCGAGAAAGAAGAGGUUUAACCCCAACAAGGUAACCACUUUUAUACGGCUCUGUAGCAGGUGCAAGCAAGCAGGCCACAAUAAGGCAACAUGUGAAGCUCUUCUGUAGAGAAAGCAAAUUCUUCAUCUCCAGUAUGUAUAGCAGGUUUAUUUAGACGUCUGAUGUGGUGAAAGAGAGAUUUCAUUAUGGUGGUGCCCGCUGUAUUUAGAUUGAAGUGGAGGAGACUAUGAGACAUGGAUCAAUAUCGUCUGUUUUGUUUAUAUGAAGGGUGUAACUUGAAGCAAUGGGUUUGAGGUGCUAGCUUUGGACUGUGUUAGCUGAAAACAGAGUAGAUGAUGGUUAGCUGUUUAUUUGUAGCUGUAGGCUGUGGUGAUAAGUAGUGCUAACAAGCUAAGAUGCAAGUCUAGUUGAUUAGUAUCAUCAUUGUAUGUUCUCUCAUUUAGAUCUGUGUACAUGCUGCGCAAUUCAGGUACAGUUAUUUUAUACUAGUGUCAUGGUAUACUCUCAAAUCCUUUUGUAUGAUGCUAUAUUAUAAGUUAUUAGAGUCAGUUGUGCCGGUCCAUGGACUCCGGCUUGCCUUUUUU